AUGUGGGCACGGGCGCUGCGGGUACGUUUUCGGACUCCCCUGGACCGGGGGCGAGGCUUCGCUUCCAAAGCCGGUCCACAGGAAAAGGUCCAGGAGACGGGGCAGGGAACCCACAGCCCACGCCUCGCCCUGCAGGGCGCCGACCGCGUGCCCGCCGCGAAAAUCGAGCAUCUGGAGCGUCUAGCGCUGGUGAACUUCGGCAGCCGCGAGGCGGUGGCCCGGCUAGAGAAAGCCAUCGCCUUCGCUGACCAGCUGCACGCCGUGGACACCGACGGAGUGGAGCCCCUGGAGUCCGUACUGGAGGACAGAUGUCUCUACUUGAGAUCUGACAAUGUAGCAGAGGGCAACUGUACUGAAGAACUACUACGAAAUUCCCAUCACGUUGUGGAGGAGUAUUUUGUGGCCCCCCCAGGUAAUAUUUCUUUGCCAGACAUGGUAAACAAGACCCCUUCUCCCACAGCAGAGUAGCUAUUCUGGGAAAGGGGAACCCUAUCAAGAUGGUGGACUCCCAAGGGUGGUCAUUUGCUACUGUGAAUUCUAGUGUAAACUGGACAUUUAUGGUUUCUUGCUAAGUGUCCUGACAAGAAAACUGGAAAACACCCAAUAAACACCACAAGCCUGCUUCCAAGGAAAUGGAUCAAGUACCUACAAGCCUGUUCUGUAUGGAAAACAUCCUCCCAUCUCCUAAAAAGCUAUCAAAAUGUA